AUGGCCAACGUUACCCUGCCGGAGCCCUUCUCCUCCAUUGCUCGCACUCACCUCCUUCUCGGCCCCUCGCCGAUCCACGCCCUUCCCCGCAUCAGCGCCGAUCUCGCUCGCGACAGCCCUCGCCGUGUCAACAUCUACGCCAAGCGCGAUGACUUGAACUCCGCCUAUGCAUACGGCGGCAACAAGACUCGUAAGCUCGAGUAUCUCCUCGCCGAUGCUCAAGCCCAAGGCUGCGACACCCUGGUCUCCAUCGGCGGCGUACAGAGUAACCACACGCGCCAGGUCGCCGCGGUGGCCGCGCGGUCCGGUCUCAAGGCCCGUUUGGUCCAGGAACAUUGGGUUGACUGGGUCGAUCCGGGAUAUGACACCGUUGGCAACAUCCAAUUGUCGCGGCUGAUGGGCGCUGAUGUGAGGUUGGAUCCCUCGGUGUUUGGUAUUGAGCACAAGAAGACCGCACAAGCUGUUGUGGAAGAGUGCCGGUCCCGUGGUGAGAAGCCCUACUAUAUCCCCGCCGGUGCGUCAGACCACCCCCUCGGUGGGUUGGGAUUUGCUCGCUGGGCGUUUGAGGUUCGGAAGCAGGAGCAGGAGCGGGGCAUCUUCUUUAACACCGUGCUUGUCUGCGCCGUUACGGGCUCGACGUUUGCCGGUAUGAUCGCCGGCUUCAAGCUGCUGGAGCGCCUUCAUCCGGAAGACCCGAAGCGCAAGAUCAUCGGCAUUGACGCCUCGGCUACCGUGGAUGCCACCCGUGCGCAGGUGCUUCGCAUUGCCAGAAACACCGCCUCUCGCAUUGGGCUGAGCGAGGAUGAUAUCACCGACGCCGACGUGAUUCUCGAUGACCGUUACCAUGCAGGCAUCUACGGCGUUCCAGACAAGCAAACCUGGGAGGCCAUCGAGUACGCGGCCCGAAUGGAGGCGUUCAUUACUGACCCGGUCUACGAGGGGAAGAGCUUUGCGGGGAUGGCGGAUAUGAUCAAGCGUGGUGAGAUCGACGAGGGCAAUAUCCUGUACGCGCACUUGGGUGGACAAUUGGCCUUGAACGCAUACUCAGAUCUGGGCCGGACAAAGGAGUAG